AUGUAUGAAAAUAAAAAACAAAAAAUUACAUGCGCUGAAGCUCUUCCUGAUACAUUUUUAAAAAGUCAUAACAAUAUGGUAGUUUUAAAAAAAAAAAAAUAUCAUGAAGCGUUGGAUAUUUUGGAUUUGAAGUUGAUUGAUGUGAAGAAAAAAACUGAUCUAAUUAGACAUGAUAUUAAUCAGAAAAGAUCCAAGUUGAAUGAUUUAUUUGAAAAAUGGAGUGACUUACGGUCAAAGAUCAGCUAUGCAAUGAGCAGGGAUUUGAAUACCGCUAAAUCUUUGUCAGUGCUAGAAAAUCGAUCUCAUCAAGUCGAUAUGAGCAGAAUGGAAGCUUCGCAUGUGACACGCAAGUAUAGAUCAAUAAGAAAUCAAUUGCUGGAUGAUUCUGUUUUGUUUGAUUCAAUUUUAGAUAAGUUAGAAAAAUCUAUAGCAAAUCAACAAAAAGAAAUACAUAGGCUCGAAAAAAUCAAUGAGGAAGCUGUUCAAGCAAGAGACAAAACUAGAAAUACAUUACAAAAGAAAGAAAUAAAUGCAACCAACAUCGCAAAGUUCCGUAUGCGACAAGUCGAACAAAUAAGGGCUAAAGUAGAAGAGAGGAAAUUAGAGUUAGAAAGAUUAGAAAGAAAAAUUUUCCCUCCUGGUCAAAAAUUAUCUCGUCAUGAUUCAAUUCAUAGUUCUUGCGAUGAACAACGUUUGGUUGGUAAUGAAUCAUCAGAUAAUCAAGAAGUAUCAGAUUCUACCUAUAUAAGAUUAAAACAAAUUACUGGUUCAAUCGAUUCUGAAGAUAUAAGGAAAAAAUUUGUAUCUCAGAAGGAAACUAAAGAACGACUUUCUGCUUUAAAAUUUAAUACAGAAAAGGAAAAACAAUCUCUUCAAAUAACAUAUCAGAAACUUAGUGAAGAGUUUGAACAAUGUAGAUUCUCAAAUGCUCAAGAAAAAGAACAGAAUGAAGAAGAAAGAGACAAUUUAAAACAGCAAAUCUUAGAAGAAACUAAUAAACUUUCUCACCGCCAAAGAGAUGGGUCACAAUUGUCCAAUCAAAUCAAUCAAGUAUUAUUGAGAUUAUAUAACUUGUGUCUGAUUUUGAAAGAUGUAGAUAGUGCUCCAGUACCUGAUAAGUGUCCUAGCAUAGAUAAAGGUGAUUGGCUAAUAUGUUUGUUGCAAACUAAAUACGAAAGUAUUAUCAAAAACAAAGGAGUUAGAAAUAUCAAAACUGAACUUGAUGAUGUUAAUUUGGAUAAAAUUCAAUUGUGGUCAUUAGAUGAAAAUAAUCUAGAGGUCGCAAACAAGGAAGAAGAAGAAAAAUUAGUAUCAAAUAGAUCUAUAAUUAAGAAACAAGCUCAAGUAAUUUUAGACUCGAAGACAAAAAAGAAAGGUUUAAGAAUAAAAAAAGGAAAUUUAUAAUUAUUUAACAAAAUUUUUAUUAACCAUGUUAUUCUAAUAGAAAUAUUUUAAUUAAUUAGUCUUGUAAUAUUUAUGUAUAAUUUAAGAAAAUUUAAAUAAUCAUAAAUGUAAAUACUGAAAUUACAUUUAUUCUACUACUGUCAUAUAGUUAUAUAAAAAUAAUACUUAAUUUAAAACAGUAUAGACUUUUUAACUCUUAAAAAUAUGUAUCAUAAAACGUAAUUAAUACGUAUUUUUUUUUAUCAUAAUUUUAUAUAAUACUUCACUCAUGUAACGUCGAUAUUGAAGAAGCCAAGUAGUAUAAGAUUGGAGAAUUAUAU